GCAGACUAAAGUACCUCCUAUAUAUACACACACAUACAUAUAAUACAGCCAGAAGAUAAAAUAAAUCUCAGUAAGAUUCCUGAUCAGUGUGUGCAGUGAAGAGCUCCACUUCAGUCAACAAUGGUCUUCUCAUCAAAAAAUGGAAUGCAGAGAUACUUAUUUUACAUUGUGAUUGUUUAUACUAUUCACGAGCAUCAGUGCUUUGACUUAAGUGCCUGCAAUGGAACAUUUAGAGCCCCAGAAUAUUCAGACAUUCUGGUGAAUUGUGGACCUCAAAAUAUUGAACUUUAUAUUUUCUUCUGUCCCGUGAUUUUUGCUGGCUAUAAUGAAACUCAGCUCUAUAUGAAUGACAUUUUCACCAAUCCUGCUUGCCAGGGUAUAGUUGACACUUCUGGUACCAUUCCCUUCUUGAAAUAUACUUUUUCAAUCAAUGAAAGUUCAACUUGUGGAAGUUUAUUUACGAUAACAACAGCAAAUGGUGAAGGGGAUUUCAAAGACUUCUCCAAUAUCCAAACUGUGAACAUAAGUGGAAUAAUCAAAUCAAAAGAUCCAAAUGUUGGUGUCAUCACUUAUAGUCCAGAACUGAAAUAUUUAUAUUCCUGCAAUUACCCAUUAGAAUACCUCAUGAACAAUACUAGGCUAGAUGUGGCUGGAAAUAAUGUAGCAAUCAAUGCUAAUAAUGGUAGUUUCAUCAGCACGCUCACUCUCCAGUUGUUUGUGGAUAGCACAUAUUCAAGAUAUCUAAGUAUACCAACUACUGGAAUAAAACUAAACUCAACAGUAUAUGUUGAAGUGAAGGCAGUGAACCUCACAGAAAAGUUUAAUGUGCUGUUAGAUCGAUGUUAUGCUUCCACUUCACCAUACCCAGCAAAUUCAACUUACUAUGACCUUUUCAUUGGGUGUCCAAAAGACAAAUAUACAGUCAUCAUAUCAAAUGGGCUACAUCAGUAUGCACGGUUUUCAUUUUCAGCCUUCCGCUUCCUAGAACAAUAUGGACAGCCUGUGUCAACAUUUUAUUUGCACUGUAUUACUCGACUCUGUGAAACAGCAUCCUGUGCCAACUUCAUACAAACUUGUCCAGCUCGUAGAAGGAGGGAUGUAAGAGCCGCCUCUAGUUCUUCAUCCUCUGUUUCUGAACCAGCAACUAUUACUUCACCAGGAAUCAUUACUAGUAGUGAAAAUGAUACUCCUGCCAGCUCAAGCAAUAGUGUUUCCAGUGAGGUUUCUCAAGAAAUUGUCAGCACUGCAGUUGGCUUGGGCAUUGCUGUUGGCUUUUUGGCUUUACUCUGUACCCUUAUGGGGGGCAUUGCUUUCCUGAUGCACAGAAAACUUCAGAAGACUAGAUAUCCAGACAAAAACAACUUUCAUUAGAUUAAGGUCUGCUGUGUUUGACAAUUGAUAGUUAAAUAUUGAUAUGUUUAUAGGUAAUAUAUAGUAACACUAAUGCAAAACCAUAUGAUCUUAAGUUGACUGUGGAAAAAAAUAAAAAAAAACAUUUGGUUAAUUACAUAGUUGCAAAAUCUGAGCUGGAAAUAUUUAAUUAUUGAUGUUUUAUAAUGUAAUAUUUGAUUAAUGUAAUAUUUGAUUUGUGUAUAUAAUAGAAAAUAAAACGUUAUCAUUUGCAAUCAUAAACAGUACAUGCUAGUUCCUACAACAAACACAACGCCUCUUGUCUUUAGCAAACAGCCAUUUCAUUUUAACUGAUACAAUAUUUGAAAUGUCAAUUAUCUUGCAGAAAUGUUUGUUUUGACACAGCUUAAUUACAUAUGCCCAUGCUGAUAUUUUAUGGAAUAAGAAUGCUUGUGAAUUAAAUGGUAAUUAAGUCAUUAA